AGACAGGGAAGCAUCAGUAUCGAUAACGGCUUAUAUGUGCGGCUCAUGAGACCACUGUGAGCUACAAUGGGAUAUUGUACAGACUACAGGACAAAUACUUACCUUUAAGCACCUGGACUGGUGGUGCCAGCAGUCAUGACCACUUCUCAUGUAAACGGACAUGUAACAGAAGACUCUGACAGUGACAAGCAGAGCUCAGAUCUCGCCGCUCAAGAGGAGCCACCCAAACACAGGGAAAUGGCCGUCGAUUGUCCCGGGGACUUAGGUUCGAGGGCGAUGCCCAUCCGACGGAGCGCCCAACUAGAACGCAUCCGGCAGCAGCAGGAGGACAUGAGGCGCAGGCGGGAGGAGGAAGGGAAGAAACAAGAGCUGGAUGUUAAUUCAUCUAUGAGGCUUAAAAAGUUGGCACAGAUUUUCCCUAAAACUGGAAUUGACAACCCUAUUUUUGAUACUGAUGAAGUGCUGGUGUUGGAAAGUCCUAGCCGGGCUGUGAAAGUACUGGAGAUUGAAGACUUGUUAUCGUCGCUCAAGGAUAUCCAGCACACCUUGGUAGACUCUCAGAGCCAGGAAGAUAUUGGCUUACUUUUCCAACUGGUGCAAAAUGUGGACUUUCAGAACGCCUUCAAGAUCCACAAUGCUGUGGCCGUGCACAUGAACAAAGUCAGCCCCCCGUACCCGCUCGUUCCUAACGCACAAGAUCUAACACAAGAGGUACAGCAAGUGUUAAAGUCCAGCCAUCAGAAGGAAAGUCAGGAGCUUAGUGUCUUGCUAAACACCCCUCACAUUCAGGCUCUUCUUCUGGCCCAUGACAAGGUUGCGGAGCAGGAGAUGAUGCCUGAGCCCUCAUCAGAAGAUUGCUUUUACGAGAACAUUGGGCUAUAUGGAGACGAGACCGUAAAAAUUGUCCGAAUAGACAAAGCCAGAGAUAUCCCAUUGGGGGCCACUGUGCGGAAUGAUGGGGAUUCUGUCAUUAUCAGCCGGAUAGUCAAGGGUGGGGCAGCGGAAAAGAGCGGCUUGUUACACGAAGGGGAUGAAAUCCUUCAAAUAAAUGGCACCGAGAUCCGAGGGAAAGAUGUGAACGAGGUGUUUGAACUGCUGGCUGAUAUGCAUGGCAACUUGUCAUUUCUGCUGAUUCCCAGCCAACAGUCCAAGUCACUGUCCACUAAAGAAUCUGUGGUACAUGUAAAGGCUCACUUUGACUACGACCCAUCUGACGACCCUUAUGUGCCAUGCAGAGAGCUAGGCCUAUCCUUCCAGAAAGGAGACAUCCUCCAUGUUAUUAGUCAGGAGGACCCCAACUGGUGGCAGGCUUAUCGGGAUGGUGAUGAAGACAACCAGCCUUUGGCAGGACUUGUACCUGGAAAGAGCUUCCAGCAGCAGAGAGAAGCUAUGAAACAAACGAUAGAAGAAGACAAAGAACCAGAAAAAUCGGGGAAAUUGUGGUGUGCAAAGAAAAAUAAGAAGAAAAGGAAGAAGGUUCUGUACAACGCCAAUAAAAAUGAUGAUUAUGAUAAUGAAGAAAUCCUGACGUACGAGGAGAUGUCCCUUUAUCAUCAGCCGGCGAACAGAAAGCGGCCAAUCAUUCUCAUUGGGCCCCAGAGUUGUGGGCAGAAUGAGCUACGGCAAAGACUCAUGGCAAACGAACCAGACAGAUUUGCUGCCGCCGUACCUCAUACCACUCGGAGCAGGAGGGAGAAUGAAGUGUCAGGGCGUGACUAUCACUUUGUGUCGCGGCAGACUUUUGAUGCGGACAUUUCUUCUGGGAAGUUCAUUGAGUCUGGGGAGUUUGAGAAAAACCUAUAUGGCACCAGCGUGGACUCUGUACGGCAAGUCAUCAACUCCGGCAAAAUCUGCCUCUUGUGUCUGCACACGCAGUCCCUAAAAAUGCUCCGUAAUUCUGAUUUAAAGCCAUAUAUUAUAUUCAUUGCGCCACCUUCUCAAGAAAGGCUGAGGGCAUUAUUGGCCAAGGAUGGCAGGAAUCCCAAGCCAGAAGAGCUGAGAGAGAUCAUUGAGAAAGCCAGAGAAAUGGAGCAGAACAACGGCCAUUACUUCGAUACAGCAAUUGUAAAUACAGACUUAGACAAGGCUUAUCAGGAACUGAUUCGGCUGAUCAACAAACUGGACACGGAGCCUCAGUGGGUCCCUUCUUCGUGGCUGCGGUGAACAGAGGAGGGUGCUAGCCGUUUGUAGGCAAUCACGGGGGAGGGGGGCUCAAAGCACUUGCUGAAUACAGAGGUGCAGGAGAGCGCCAUUAUCCUUCUCCAGUGGAAUCCAGUGCUGGUUGGUACAUACAGAUGGUGCAUCCCACAGUACCCCAGCCGGUGGCAUUACCCAAAGCUUAGUGAGAAGGAGAAGGACCUUAACUGAACCAGCGAGACUCGUUUCUGCUUGAUGAUGAUUGUUUUAGUUGCUCUUUAUAAGAUAAACACCAAUCAAAUUCAAUGUAGUUUGUCAACUUAAGCUGAAAACACUAGGAUUUAGCGGUGUCCACGCUCUGUACAGCGCCCUCUGCUGCCGGGAGGACUAUAAACCCUGCAGAAGUUUUUUUUUAUUCCCCAGGGAAACAAGCGGCUGUUGCUCCUCACUAUACACACCGAGCACAUGUUACUACCUGACGGCACACACUGGAUUGUUUUUGUUGUUCUUUUUACACACACUGAUCUCGUAAGCAAAGUGCUCGUUUCUACCCGCCGGCUUCCAGUGUAACCAUAGAAAGAAAAAAAUCUGUGAAAUAAAUCAAUCCUAUUAACUCCUA